UCGCCCUCCGCCACGAUGAGCAAAUGAGCGCGAGCGAGGGCAUGAAAUUUAAAUUCCACUCAGGGGAGAAAGUGCUGUGCUUCGAGCCUGACCCCACCAAGGCGCGAGUGCUGUACGAUGCCAAGGUGCCGCCGCGGAGGGACAGGGAGGAGGCGCGGGCCGGGGGCCCCGGGACGGGAGGCGGAUGCGGAUGUUCCCUCUGGGGACACCGCUGGGAAGGAUGGUGUAAUCUGACAGACAUCCUGACCCGGGAAGCAUUGGAGCCGGGGAGACUACAACUCCCAGAGCUCUCAGUGCUGCAGCUCGCUUCUCCAGCCUGGACUCUCCUUAAACGACAAAUCGGCCGGCCAAUUGUCGAUGUUAUUGUUGGGAAAGACGAAAAAGGCAGAAAAAUCCCAGAAUAUCUGAUCCAUUUUAAUGGUUGGAACAGAAGCUGGGAUAGAUGGGCAGCUGAAGAUCAUGUCCUUCGUGACACAGAUGAAAAUCGGAGAUUACAGCGUAAACUGGCAAGAAAAGCUGUAGCUCGCCUGAGACACACAGGAAGAAAGAAGAAACGCUGCAGGUUGCCUGGUGUCGACUCCGUCUUAAAAAGCCUCCCUGUUGAAGAAAAAGAUGAAAAUGAUGAAAACUCAAUAAGCAGUUCCACUGAUGACAGCAGUGAAGAAAAGGAUGAAGAAAUAAGUGAAGAAAGUGAUAUUGAAGAAAAGACUGAAGUGAAGGAAGAACCAGAGCUGCACACAAAAAGGGAAAUGGAAGAAAGAACAAUAACUAUAGAAAUCCCUGAAGUUCUGAAGAAGAAGCUUGAGGAUGAUUGUUACUACAUCAACAGGAGGAAACGGUUAGUGAAACUUCCAUGCCAGACCAACAUCAUAACUAUUUUGGAAUCCUACGUGAAGCAUUUUGCUAUCAAUGCAGCCUUUUCAGCCCAUGAGAGGCCUCGUCACCAUCAUGCUGUGCCACACACCAACAUGAAUGUGCAUUAUAUCCCGGCAGAGAAGAACGUUGACCUUUGUAAGGAGAUGGUGGAUGGAUUAAGAAUAACUUUUGAUUACACUCUCCCAUUGGUUUUGCUCUAUCCGUAUGAACAAGUACAGUAUAAAAAGGUGACUUCGUCCAAAUUUUUUCUUCCGAUUAAAGAAAGUGCCACCAACACUAAUAGGAACCAGGAGGAGCUGUCUCCAAGCCCCCCUUUGUUGAAUCCAUCCACACCACAGUCCACGGAGAGUCAGCCAACCACAGGUGAACCGGCCACCCCCAAAAGGCGCAAAGCCGAGCCAGAAGCCUUGCAGUCCCUGAGGCGGUCAACACGCCACUCUGCCAACUGCGACAGGCUGUCUGAGAGCAGUGCCUCUCCUCAGCCCAAGCGCCGGCAGCAGGACACGUCCGCCAGCAUGCCCAAGCUGUUCCUGCACCUGGAAAAGAAGACACCUGUGCAUAGCAGAUCAUCCUCGCCUGUUCCUCUGACCCCUAGUAGGGAAGGGAGUACUGUGUUUGCCGGCUUUGAAGGCAGAAGAACUAAUGAAAUAAAUGAGGUCCUCUCCUGGAAACUUGUACCUGACAGUUAUCCGCCAGGUGAUCAACCACCUCCACCCUCUUACAUUUAUGGGGCCCAACACUUGUUGCGAUUAUUUGUGAAACUUCCAGAAAUCCUUGGAAAGAUGUCCUUUUCUGAGAAGAAUCUAAAGGCUUUACUGAAGCACUUUGAUCUGUUUCUGAGGUUUUUAGCAGAAUACCACGAUGACUUCUUCCCAGAGUCUGCCUAUGUCGCUGCCUGUGAGGCACACUACAGCACCAAGAACCCAAGGGCAACGUAUUAAAGAUUAAAGAUGGUGGCAUGAGAGAAGAGACAGAGGCUUCCUCCUAAAACUGGAUACAAUUAGAAAAUAUAGUUGGUGCAACUAAUCCUGAGAGAGCAACAGGAAAGAAGACGGCGUCAGACUGCACACACCUGGAGAAAAGAGCAGACCUCAGCGAACGGGGUAACGUACCAGCGCAAUGGCCCAGUGGGACCCAAGCCCUUCCCCCACCCCAGCUCACCAGUGGGAGGAAGAGAAACUGAGCAGGGAGGGAGUGGAAGGCUUGGGACUGCUGAAUACCUAGCUCCGGAGAUCUGCGCUGGGAGCACAAACCUACAUUUCAUGGUGCUUUCAUCAUAUUCUUAUGAUUAUGGGGUUGGAAAGCUGGGGUAGGCGGAGUUCCUGGGGAGAUUGGGAUUCCAGCCGCUUGUGGAAAGGAGGGAUCCAUAUCCGGCUGCCCUGGCACAAAAGCUUAUAUCUGUGUGCCCGGCCCAAUAGUUCAGGCAGUGGAGACAGGCACAGCAGCUGGAAGCAGGAAACAGCUCUUUCCUCCCCCCAGGCACCAAUACCGUUCCCCUGUGACCCCCAACAUUGCUUCAGGGGCUGAGCAGCUCCAGAGUAGAGCUUCUGGACACUAGAGGGCGCCAUAUACAAACAUGAAACGCCAAAGAAACCUGGUCCAGAGUAAAAUUAUUAAUACAACUCCCAAGAAAGAUUUAAAUGAUAUGGACCUCGUGACUCUUCCUGAAAGGCAGUUCAAAAUAAAAAUCAACAUGCUAAUGGAGGUAUGGAAAGACAUCCAAGAACUCAGGAAUGAAUUCAGGUAGGAGAUCCAAUUGUUGAAGAGCACGAUGGAGGGUAUUAAAAGCCGAUUGGAUACAGUGGAGGAGAUGAUAAAUGAAACAAAAGCUAGAGAAGAGGAAUACAAAGAAGCUGAGGCACAGAGAGAAAAAAGGAUCUCUAAGACUGAAAGAAUAUUGACAGAACUGUGUGACCAAUCCAAACGGAACAAUAUUUGCAGGAUAGGGAUACCAGAAGAAGAAGAGAGAGAGAAAGGGAUAGAAAGUGUCUUUGAGGAGGUAGUUGCUGAAAACUUCCCCAAUCUGGGGAAGGAGAUAGUCUCUCAGGCCAUGGAGAUCCACAGAUCUCCCAACACAGGGGACCCAAGGAAAACAACACCAAGACACAUAGUAAUUAAAAUGGGAAAGAUCAAGGAUAAGAACAGACUGUUAAAAGCAGCCAGAGACAGAAAUAAGAUCACAUACAAAGGAAAGCCCAUCAGGUUAACAUCAGACUUCUCAGCAGAAACCUUACAGGCCAGAAGGGAGUGGCAUGAUGUAUUUAAUGCCAUGAAGCAGAAGGGCCUGGAACCAAGAUUACUUUAUCCGGCAAGAUUAUCAUUUAAAUUUGAAGGAGGGAUUAAAAAAUAUCCAGAUAAGCAAAAGCUGAGAGAAUUUACCUUCCACAAACCAUCUCUACAGUCUAUUUUGGAGGGACUGCUAUAGAUGGAAGUGCUCCUAAGGUUGAACAGCUGUCACCAGAGGUAAUAAAACCGAAGUAAAGAAAGUAGAACAGCUAAUUACUGAGCAAAUGCAAAAUUAAAUUAACUAUCCCCAAAGUCAAUCAAGGGAUAGACAAAAAGUACAAAAUAUGAUACCUAAUAUAUAAAGAAUGGAGGAGGAAGAAAAAGGAGAAACAGAAAAGAACCUUUAGAUUGUGUUUGUAACAGCAUAUUAAGUGAGUGAAGUUAGACUCUUAGAUAGUAAGGAAAUUAACCUUGAACCUUUGGUAACCACAAAUCUAAAACCUGCAAUGGCAAUAAGUACAUACCUAUCAAUAAUCAACCUAAAUGUAAAUGGACUGAAUGCAACAAUCAAAAGACACAGAGUCACUGAAUGGAUAAAAAAAACAAGACGCAUCUAUAUGCUGCUUACAAGAGAUUCACCUCAAACCCAAAGACAUGCACAGACUAAAAGUCAAGGGAUGGAAAAAGAUAUUUCAUGCAAACAACAGGGAGAAAAAAGCAGGUGUUGCAGUACUAGUAUCAGACAAAAUAGACUUCAAAACAAAGAAAGUAAUAAGAGAUAAAGAAGGACAUUAUGUAAUGAUAAAUGGCUCAGUCCAACAAGAGGAUAUAACCAUUAUAAAUAUAUAUGCACCCAACACAGGAGCACCAGCAUAUGUGAAACAAAUACUAACAGAACUAAAGGAGGAAAUAUAAUGCAAUGCAUUCAUUUUAGGAGACUUCAACACACCAUUCACUCCAAAGGACAGAUCAACCAGACAGAAAAUAAGUAAGGACACAGAGGCACUGAACAACACACUAGAACAGAUGGACCUAAUAGACAUCUAUAGAACUCUACAUCCAAAAGCAACAGGAUACACAUUCUUCUCAAGUGCACAUGGAACAUUCUCCAGAAUAGACCACAUACUAGGCCACAAAAAGAGCCUCAGUAAAUUCCAAAAGACUGAAAUUCUACCAACUAACUUUUCAGACCACAGAGGUAUAAAACUAGAACUAAAUUGUACAAAGAAAGCAAAAAAGGCUCACAAACAAAUGGAGGCUUAACAACAUGCUCCUAAAUAAUCAAUAAAUCAAUGACCAAAUUAAAAUAGAGAUCAAGCAAUAUAUGGAAACAAAUGACAACAACAACACAAAGCCCCAACUUCUAUGGGACACAGCGAAAGCAGUCUUAAGAGGAAAGUAUAUAGCAAUCCAGGCAUAUUUAAAGAAGGAAGAACAAACCCAAAUGAAUAGUCCAACGUCAAAAUUAUUGAAAUUGGAAAAAGAAGAACAAAUGAGGCCUAAAGUCAGCAGACGGAGGGAUAUAAUAAAGAUCAGAGAAGAAAUAAAUAAAAUUGAGAGGAAUAAAACAAUAGAAAAAAUCAAUGAAACCAAGAGCUGGUUCUUUGAGAAAAUAAACAAAAUAGAUAAGCCUCUAGCCAGACUUAGUAAGAGGAAAAGGGAAUCAGCACACAUCAAGAGAAUCAGAAACGAGAAAGGAAAACUUGCGACAGACCCCACAGAAAUAAAAGAAUUAUUAGAGACUACUAUGAAAACCUAUAUGCUAACAAGCUGGAAAACCUAGAAGAAAUGGACAACUUCCUAGAAAAAUACAACCUACCAAGACUCACCAAGGAAGAAACAGAAAAUCUAAACAAACCAAUUACCAGCAAAGAAAUUAAAGUGGUAAUCAAAAAACUACCAAAGAACAAAAUUCUCGGGCCACAUGGAUUUGCCUCAGAAUUUUGUCAGACAUACAGAGAAGACAUAAUACCCAUUCUCCUUAAAGUUUUCCAAAAAAUAGAAAAGGAGGGAAUACUCCCAAAUUCAUUCUAUGAAGCCAACAUCACCCUAAUACCAAAACCAGGCAAAGACCCCACCAAAGAAGAAAAUUACAGACCAAUAUCCCUGAUGAACAUAGAUGCAAAAAUACUCAACAAAAUAUUAGCAAACGAAAUUCAAAAAUACAUCAAAAGGAUCAUACACCAUGACCAAGUGGGAUUCAUCCCAGGGAUGCAAGGAUGGUACAACAUUCAAAAAUCCAACAUCAUCCACCAUAUAAACAAAAAGGAAAAAAACCACAUGAUCAUGUCCAUAGAUGCUGAAAAAGCAUUCAACAAAAUUCAACAUCCAUUCAUGAUAAAAACUCUCAACAAAAUGGGUAUAGAGGGCAAGUACCUCAACAUAAUGAAGGCCAUAUAUGAUAAACCCACAGCCAACAUCAUACUGAACGCUGAAAAGCUGAAGGCUUUUCCUCUGAGAUCGGGAACUAGACAGGGAUGCCCACUCUCCCCACUGUUAUUCAACAUAGUACUGGAGGUCCUAGCCACGGCAAUCAGACAAAACAAAGAAAUACAGGGAGUCCAAAUUGGUAAAGAAGUUAAACUGUCACUAUUUGCAGAUGACAUGAUAUUGUACAUAAAAAACCCUAAAGACUCCACUCUAAAACUACUGGAACUGAUAUCGGAAUACAGCAAAGUUACAGGAUACAAAAUUAACACACAGAAAUCUGUGGCUUUCCUAUACACUAACAAUGAACUAAUGGAAAGAGAAAUCAGGAAAACAAUUCCAUUCACAAUUGCAUCAAAGAAUUAAAUACUUAGGAAUAAACCUAAUCAAGGAAGUGAAAGACCUAUACCCUGAAAACUUAAGACACUCUUAAGAGAAAUUAAAGAGGACACUAACAAAUGGAAACUCAUCCCAUGUUCUUGGCUAGGAAGAAUUAAUAUCGUCAAAAUGGCCAUUCUGCCCAAAGCAAUAUACAGAUUUGAUGCAAUUCCUAUCAAAUUACCAACAGCAUUCUUCAACAAACUGGAACAUAUAGUCAAAAAAUUCAUAUGGAAACAUCAAAGACCCCGAAUAGCCAAAGCAAUCCUGAGAAGGAAGAAUAAAGUGGGGGGGAUCUCAUUCCCCAACAUCAAGCUCUACUACAAAGCCACAGUAAUCAAGACAAUUUGGUACUGGCACAAGAACAGAGCCACAGACUAGUGGAACAGAAUAGAGACUCCAAACAUUAACCCAAGCAUAUAUUGUCAAUUAAUAUUCGAUAAAGGAGCGAUGGACAUACAAUGGGGAAAUGACAGUCUCUUCAACAGAUGGUGCUGGCAAAACUGGACAGCUACAUGUAGGAGAAUGAAACUGGAUCACUAUCUAACCCCAUAUACAAAAUUAAAUUCAAAAUGGAUCAAAGACCUGAAUGUAAGUCAUGAAACCAUAAAACUCUUAGAAAAAAAUAUAGGCUAAACUCUCUUGGACAUAAACAUGAGUGACUUCUUCAUGAACAUAUCUCCCCGGGCAAGGGAAACAAAAGCAAAAAUGAACAAGUGGCACUAUAUCAAGCUGAAAAGCUUCUGUACAGCAAAGGACACCAUCAAUAGAACAAAAAGGUAUCCUACAGUAUGGGAGAAUAUAUUCAUAAAUGACAGAUCCGAAGAAAGUUUGACAUCCAAAAUAUAUAAAGAGCUCACGCACCUCAACAAACAAAAAGCAUAUAAUCCAAUUUAAAAAUGGUCAGAGGAACUGAACAGACCGUUCUCUAAAGAAGAAAUUCAGAUGGCCAACAGACACAUGAAAAGAUGCUCCACAUUGCUAGUCAUCAGAGAAAUGCAAAUUAAAACCACAGUGAGAUAUCACCUCACACCAGUAAGGAUCGCCACCAUCCAAAAGACAAACAACAACAAAUGUUGGCGAGGUUGUGGAGAAAGGGGAACCCUCCUACACUGCUGGUGGGAAUGUAAAUUAGUUCAACCAUUUUGGAAAGCAGUAUGGAGGUUCCUCAAAAAGCUCAAAAUAGAAAUACCAUUUGACCCAGGUGUUCCACUUCUAGGAAUUUACCCUAAGAAUGCAGCAGCCCAGUUUGAAAAAGACAGAUGCACCCCUAUGUUUAUCGCAGCACUAUUUACAAUAGCCAAGAUGGAAGCAACCUAAGUGUCCAUCAGUAGAUGAAUGGAUCAAGAAGAGGUGGUACAUAUACACAAUGGAGUAUUAUUCAGCCAUAAGAAGAAAACAAAUCCUACCAUUUGCAACAACAUGGGUGGAGCUAGAGGGUAUUAUGCUCAGUGAAAUAAGCCAGGUGGAGAAAGACAAGUACCAAAUGAUUUCACUCAUAUGUGGAGCAUAAGAACAAAGGAAAAACUGAAGGAACAAAACAGCAGCAGAAUUACAGAACCCAAGAAUGGACUAAUAGUUACCAAAGGGAAAGGGACUGGGGAGGAUGGGUGGGUAGGGAGGGACAAGGGUGGGGAAAAAGCAAGGGGGUAUUACGAUUAGGAUGUAUAAUGUGGGGGUGCAUAGGGAGGGCUGUGCAACACAGAGAAGACAAGUAGUGAUUCUACAGCGUCUUACUACGCUGAUGGACAGUGACUGUAAUGGGGUUUGUGGGGGGGACUUGGUGAAGGGGGAGUCUGGUAAACAUAAUGUUCUUCAUGUAAUUAUAGAUUAAUGAUAACAAUAUGAAUUUUAAAAAAAUAAAAAAAAUACAUUAUC